AUGUCGUUCUCGUUCUUCAAGGUUUCGAGGCCUAAAACGCCGCAGGAAGUGGUCAAGUCUAUCAAAGAGAGUCUCAUGGCACUCGAUACCAAAACUGUUGUUGAAGUUAAAGCCCUUGAGAAGGCUUUAGAGGAAGUUGAAAAGAAUUUUGUAACAAUGAGAACUAUGCUUUCUGGAGAUGGGGAAUCAGAACCGAAUUUGGAUCAGGUUUCACAGCUUGUGGAGGAAAUCUGCAAGGAGGAAGUUCUUACUCUCGUAAUUCACAAGCUGCCUAUACUUGGAUGGGAAGCUAGAAAGGAUUUAGUCCACUGCUGGUCCAUAUUAUUGAAACAAAAGGUUGACUCCAAUGAUUGCUGCGUAGAGUACAUUAAACAACACUUUGAAUUACUAGACGUUCUUGUUGUAUACUAUGAUAACAAAGAAAUUGCGUUGAGCUCUGGAAUAAUGUUGCGGGAGUGCAUCAAAUUUCCCAAUCUUGCAAAAUACAUAUUGGAAUCUGCAAGCUUUGUGUUGUUCUUUAAAUUUGUAGAGUUGCCUAACUUUGAUGUAUCAUCGGAUGCAUUUUCUACAUUUAAGGACCUUCUCACUAAACAUGGAAAUGUAGUCGCCGAAUUUUUGACGGCUCACUAUGAUGAGUUCUUUGAUCAAUACGAGAACCUCUUGACGUCUCCAAAUUAUGUCACAAGGAGGCAGUCUAUAAAGCUUCUCUCGGAUUUUCUUUUGGAAUCUCCCAAUGCUCAGAUAAUGAAGCGCUACAUCUUAGAAGUUCGUUAUUUGAAAGUCAUGAUGACAUUGUUGACGGAUUCAAGUAAAAACAUUCAGUUAUCAGCUUUUCACAUUUUCAAGAUUUUUGUGGCUAAUCCUAAUAAGCCUCGAAACGUGAAAAUUAUUCUCGGGAAGAACCAGGAGAAGCUGCUAGGACUGCUUCAUAACCUAUCGCCGGGAAAAGGUUCCGAAGAUGAGCAAUUUGAAGAGGAAAAGGAGUUUAUCAUCAAGGAAAUUGAAAGAAUAUCAGUAUAA